CGAGGAUCGAAACGAGUACGUUGUUGGAUCAAUCGACGGUGCUUAGCACCGAUCGACACCAAAGACCGCGAGCGAGCACACGGUGGGUAGAUAACUAGAUACGGUGUCGUCGCACGCGUUCGUUCGGGAGGAUCCAUUGCGUUGGACCGGACCGGACGAGCCGAGCUUUAACCCUCGUUUCCUUCCCCUCCGGUUAAAGAGUCGAGGAUGGCCGAUGUCAAACAGGAUCACAAGGGCGAGGACGUUGACAGCUAUGGGAUGGGCAACAGCGCCGACCCGAAGAACAUGCAGGAGCUGACGCAAUACGUGCAAACGCUGUUGCAGAACAUGCAGGACAAGUUUCAAACCAUGUCUGACCAGAUCAUAGGAAGAAUAGAUGAAAUGGGCAAUAGAAUAGACGACCUGGAAAAGAAUAUCGCAGACCUAAUGACACAAGCAGGAGUCGAAGGAGGUGAUAAAUAAGCUCAUUCUUUCUUCAAUGCACUCAUCUAUGAGUAAUAAUUUAUCUGAAGUAUCGCUAUACUUUAUUGUCAUGGAAAAAAAAAUGUAUACAGAUAGUGAGAUAUCCAUCCCUUUGUUACAAUACAGAAAAUAAACUUACACUUUUUUAGAAA